GCAGCGUGGGCGUGCCCGAGGUGACUUGAUUGACGUGCGAGGGGUCCUUCGCCCUUUGGCAGCGCGGCGCGGCGGCGGCAGCAGAGAUGAAUGACACCGUGACCAUCAGAACGAGAAAGUUCAUGACAAACCGCUUGCUCCAACGCAAGCAAAUGGUUGUCGAUGUCCUCCAUCCUGGCAAACCUACAGUUCCCAAGACAGAAAUCAGGGAAAAGUUAGCAAAAAUGUACAAAACAACGCCGGAUGUUGUGUUCGUUUUUGGCUUCAGGACACAGUUUGGAGGAGGCAAAACAACAGGAUUUGCCAUGGUCUACGAUUCCUUGGAUUACGCGAAGAAGAAUGAACCAAAACACAGGCUAGCACGGCAUGGUCUGUUGGAGAGGAAGAAGGUAUCUAGGAAACAGCGAAAGGAACGAAAGAACAGAAUGAAGAAAGUUCGCGGCACAGCUAAAGCUAAUGUUGGUGCUGGCAAGAAGAAAUGAAGCAUCGGUGGCAGUAACGUGACUUGUGAAGGUUCCUUGAAAUGCUGAUUUAACCAUGGAUCGUCAUCUCUGAUUAUUUGUCCUCGUGCUCAAAUAAAUGCUAUAAAAAUUGGAAAGUU